GCGCAGCCAUCCGCCCGCAGGAUGGACGGCGGGUCCGGGGGCUUGGGCUCCGGGGACAACGCCCCGACCACCGAGGCCCUUUUCGUGGCUCUGGGCGCGGGCGUGACGGCGCUCAGCCACCCGCUGCUCUACGUGAAACUGCUCAUCCAGGUGGGUCAUGAGCCGAUGCCCCCCACCAUUGGGACCAAUGUGCUGGGGAGGAAGGUCCUCUAUCUGCCGAGCUUCUUCACCUACGCCAAGUACAUUGUGCAAGUGGAUGGAAAAAUUGGGCUAUUCCGAGGCCUGAGCCCCCGACUGAUGUCCAACGCCCUCUCCACCGUGACCCGGGGCAGCAUGAAGAAGGUUUUCCCUCCGGAUGAGAUCGAGCAGGUUUCCAGCAAGGACGACAUGAAGACUUCCCUGCGGAAAGUGGUGAAGGAGACCUCCUACGAGAUGAUGAUGCAGUGCGUGUCCCGCAUGCUGGCCCACCCCCUGCAUGUCAUCUCGAUGCGCUGCAUGGUUCAAUUUGUGGGACGGGAGGCCAAGUACAGCGGCGUGCUGAGCUCCAUUGGGAAGAUUUUCAAAGAGGAAGGGCUGCUGGGAUUCUUUGUCGGCUUAAUCCCUCACCUCCUGGGAGAUGUGGUUUUCUUGUGGGGCUGUAACCUGUUGGCCCACUUCAUCAAUGCCUACCUGGUGGAUGACAGCUUCAGCCAGGCGCUGGCCAUCCGGAGCUACACCAAGUUUGUGAUGGGGAUUGCAGUGAGCAUGCUGACCUACCCUUUUCUGCUGGUCGGCGAUCUCAUGGCUGUGAACAACUGUGGGUUGCAGGCGGGGCUCCCCCCCUACUCCCCAGUGUUCAAAUCCUGGAUUCACUGCUGGAAGUACCUGAGUAUGCAGGGCCAGCUCUUCCGCGGCUCCAGCCUCCUUUUUCGCCGCGUGUCAUCAGGAUCAUGCUUUGCCCUGGAGUAACCUGAAUCACUAAAAACACGCAGCCUCAGCCUGCGCCGUGGGUGAGGCUGAUCACCUUGGGCACUUGUAAGACGACUUCAACCCAGCAACACCUAGAUGCGCUGCAGCCCAGCAGGGCUUCGGUGUCCAUGUUUGCCAUGUGUCUGUCCAGAAGCAGGGGUUGAGUGGGGGUGAGGCUGCGCCCAGUGACUGGUCACCUGUUAGACCUGGGGAAGGUGGGGCGGGGCUGUGGAACCGGGGCAGAAGCCCCUUUCCUCACAUAUUUGCCGAGUCUGCCUUGUGCAGGAGGUCAGAGAAUGGCUGUGGAGGCUGGAUGGGAAAAGGCUCAUGGUGUCAGGUCCCACCCCCACUCCCACCCAGCCCGCCCCAGCCCUCACCUGCAGCUCAGCUGGGAGCCCUGCUCUCCUGCUUGUAAAUAGGGCGUGAUUCCCUUCCACGAGGCCACUAUCAUGUCCAGGCCUGUGCUAGGAAGCUGUUGCUAGGUUCUGCCUUUGUUUUUUUCAACACUACUUUUCUGAUACGAAGGCAGCACCUUCUGGAUGGGAAAUCAUGUGACCCAGAAUGUGUCCCCUCAUCAAAUACUCAUCGGUUUAAUGGUGACGCCUCGUGUGCAGGAUCUGGUUGCCUGUGCAAUUGUGAACACCCAGAAGUUAGGCAGAUAAGUGUCUCUAGUCCUACCCAGUUUAAAAGUCCCUGAUAAAAUUUGACCCUUUCUCCCUUAAAUAAAUGUACUGGUGGUAAUUUGGA